AGACGCCAUGUUGUCCUCUGAAGGACCCCUCAGAAUCCCAAUAUGGCGGCGUCCAUUCGGGUGUGCUGUGCCCUCCGCAUCACACUCGGAGGUGUGGCCCCGCUCCGUACCAUAAGCGGAGCAGUUCAGGUGUCCCAGUUGGCGAGUCGAGCCUCAGCUGCUUCCCUCCAAAGAAACCCUGCACUCCCCCUGUUCCCUGCAACGGCAUGGCAACAGACAAGACACAGCAGCUUCUUCAACAAGUUGACGGCUGAAGAGUUGUGGAAAGGUGUGUUGGCGGAGUCAGGUGCUGGUGCCAGAAAGGGCCGAGGAAAGAGAGCCAAACGCAAACUGAAGAGAGAUCUGAACCGAGGACAGAGAAUCGGGGAAGGUCGCGCCGGCUUUCUAUGGCCUGGUCUUAACACUCCGGUGAUAAAGGACGGGAACGUGCGGACCGUGAGCCAAAGAAGCCAGAGCGAGCAGCAGGAGAUGCAGGCUGAACUCAUUAAUCAGAGGGAUGAGUGGGAGAGGAAGAAGAAGAUGAAGUUGAAGAGGGAAAGAGGAUGGACAGGAAACUCGUGGGGGGGCACCAGCCUGGGCCCCCCUGAUCCUGGACCCAACGGAGAAACCUACGAAGACUUUGAUUCCCGUGUCAUUGAGUUGAAGAGUGUUUUCAACAUGACGGCCAAGGAGGGCAGGAAGAGGUCCAUCAGCUGUCUGGUCGCCGUUGGAAAUGGCAAUGGAGUCGCAGGCUUCGCGUUGGGUAAAGCAGCAGACAGGAGCACAGCUCUGAGGAAGGCCAAGAACAGAGCCAUCCACUACUUGUACUACAUAGAGCGAUACAACAACCACACCAUUUUUCAUGACAUUGAGUCCAAGUUCAAGAAGACAACACUUCGUAUGAAGAAACAAAACGAAGGUUAUGGUCUGCACUGCCACAGGGCGGUCAUCACUUUGUGCAAGCUGAUCGGCAUACAGGACAUGUACUGCAAAGUACAAGGAUCUGUCAAUCUCCUCAACAUCACCAAAGCCUUCUUCACUGCAUUAGCCAAUCAGGAGACCCACCAGAAGCUGGCAGAAAAGAAGAAGCUCCACGUCGUGGAGUUUCAGUCACAGAAAGGCCCGCUGCCUGUGUUGGUGGCAAGUCCGAAAGACGGGGCGCGACCCGACGGGGAGCCUGAGGACGACAUCCCCAAUACUCGUCUGCACUGGGACGAAGUACGAGCCGCGCAGGGAGUCAAAUGCUCGGUCUGGACGGGUGUCAAACGCUCCAUCUGGUAGUGUGGGAGUGGACUGAUGACUGGAUCAGACCACAAGACAGAUUACUGAUUGGACUGAUAGAAGCCAGAAGGGCCACAUGGAAAAGAUGAAAAUAUGUGUAUAAAAAGGAUGUUUUUUUUUUCUCAAGUAGAAUGUAAAAAAAUGUCAGAAAUCUCCAAAUCUAGUGGAUCGUGAGCGUUUUAUCAAACAAGAUUAAAAGAUAAUUGUUUCUCAAACUGAUGAUUUUUCAUUUGGUCACAUAAUUCUCCAGAUACACCAGUUAUAGGACAGUAUUGAGAUGUCUAAGUCCUACAUAUCAAUGUUUCCUUUAUAACUGUAAACAAUCUUCUGCUUCUUCAACCACAUAGAAUUGUUGCAAAAUAAUAGAUGUGUUAAAUAAACUACAGACCUGUGAAAACCUGG